GCGAAGGAAAAAGGCAUAAAUAUUUUCAAAUAUAAAUUUUGUAAAAAUUUAAAUUUUUUUAAUAUUUUUUAAAGAGCUUCAAGGAAUUAUGUGCGAGCAAUGCACCUGGAGUAUGAAUGGAAUUAAUCCUAUUAGAGCGGUUAAAGGAGACAACCUCGAAGAUUUCUUGCCUUUGCUGGAAGUCAAAUCUCCAAAUACUAAUGGCGUGGUCGCAGCAAUAUUUAAAAAAGGGAAUCACGAAGAAAUGCAUUUCUUUUUUAACACGUUAUUGCUUGAAGUUGAAAAUGACUUUGGUACUUUAAAUUUUGUACAACGUUACGAAUACACUAAAUUAAAUCUUGCACUUGGCAAUCUUUGGUUUGAGUGGGUAACAAAAGGGAUUUACUUGGGAAAAAGGAGAAUUUUUCUUUGCAUCCAUAUCGAUGAUUUUUUUGCCGCUACGCAAAUAUACCGCAGCACCGAUUUUCGAAUCGGCGAGGACGCCGUUCAUGCGGCAGUCGAGUGGAUUCAGGCGACCAAUCAAAGACUGCCUUCCGGUUCGAAUGUUCGAUUUGAGCUGGCCUAUAACGGCGCUGGAUAUGAAGCUUUAAACUUUGAGCCUAGUUUUUAUUAUUAUUAUUAUUAA